CCUCCAGGGUCCCUUCCAAACCUACUCUUCUGGUGCUCUGCGUGAGAGCAGUGAGCCGAUGGCUGAGGCACUCUCCUUGGGUGGUGGGCCUCCCUGCCACCAGGACACCCUGGGAAACAGGAUGCUGGAUUGCCUGGCUGCUGCUUUCCUGCAGCUCCACCACCCUUAUCUUCCUUAUCAUUCCCAUCCCAUCUGGUCACCGGCAUGAAGCGGAUUACAGGAGAUUCCAAGCCGAGAGAGAUGGGGACGGUCCACGUGGCUGAGGCUCUCCAGUUCCAAAUCCAAAGGAUGGCCGGUCUUCCGGGAUGGAUCAUUCCCAAAGGACCUACCCCCACCAUCAAUCUGAACUCAAGAAACCAGAAUCCCAUCCCCGCCUUCUUCCUUUCCCGGAACUGAGGUCCAGAGACAAGGAUGUGAAGAAGCCAAGCAAGGGGUGAGAACAGCUGACUGUCCAAAAGGACUUCCUGAAACCGAGGACAAUAAAGCUGCCCCAAGGAGAAAGCCACAUUCUUCUCUGGACCACACCGACCUCAGGAGAGCGUCAGCAUACCACCUGGGGUCUCCAAACAUCUUCUGAUGGUGCCUCCAACCUAAUGCUGGAAGUUCCACGGGAGCCCCGGAGCAGAAGCAGCUGUUGUCGUUGAGAAGGUUUCCACAGGCCCGACUCAACCUCGGAACUCACAAUGAGACUCCUCUUCCUCGCCUUUGUGUCGUUUGCUGUGAUUAUUUCGCCAGCUUCGGCUUCCUGGUCGGCGACUUACCCGGACCGCGUGUCGUCCAUCACGGGUUCUUGCGCGGUGCUUCCGUGCACGUUUGCCUUCCCCGGCGACGUCUCCAUGGCAAAUGGGAUCGUGGCUAUUUGGUACAAAGACGAGAAUAAUCAGUUGGUCACCGUUUUCCAUUCCACCUCUCCGGAGAAGGCCGAUUCUCGCUUUCAAAACCGGGUCCGGCUGCUGGGGGACCCCCUCCAGCGCAACUGCACCCUCCUCCUGAGACACCUGACGAAGGAAGACAGCGGCUCAUACUCCUUCCGCUUUGAAAUCGUCAAUGCGAACAGCUGGACGGAGAAGAAGCAGCUCCAGCUGACCAUCACGGAUAACCCUGAUAUACCCACCAUUGCUGCCCCCGACUAUCUGAGGGAGGGAGUUCCAGCAUCCUUUAAGUGUUCUAGUCCGUACGUCUGUCCCUACGAACACAGCUCCCUGCGAUGGUUCGGCCACCACCCCGAGACCUCAGAUGUCUCUGGAACAGUCCAGCUUGACACCACGGCGGCUGUCUUGAGGCAAACGCUCCAGACGACGCUGACCUGGAAGGACCACGAACACAAGCUGGGCUGUGAAGUGUCCGUGGGGACCCAGAAGGCCAGAGGCGAAGUUACUCUCCGUGUUGCAUAUGCCCCCAAGGGUGUCCAGGUGAUCCUCCACCCCUCCAACCAGAACCUCCGAGUGGGUGACGCCGUGUCUCUGCUUUGCAACGUCAGCGCCAGCUACCCGGAGCCCACGGCCUUCAGGUGGUUCAAGGACGGCUCUGCCUGCGGAAGCGAGCAGGUGAAGAACAUCCCAUCUGUGUCCCUCAAGGAUUACGGACUCUACCAUUGUGAGGCCGAGAACGCGCUGGGCACCGGAGUGGCCGAAGGGGUCCCGCUCCACAUUUUCUCUGCUGUGCUGUCGAUCAGUCCUUCCUCCAGGGUCAGAGAAGGUGAGACGGUCACCUUGACCUGCAAGGUACCUGGAGAAGACCAGCAGGAGAUCCUCUACAGCUGGUACAAGAACACCCUGUGGCUGAAGGAGGGCAGCGCCCACAUCCUGACCUUCCAGGCGGCGACCGUCGGGGACACCGGCUACUACGCCUGCAAAGUCCAGAACGACAAGGGGAGCCAGACCUCGUCCGCCGUCAGCCUGACCGUCCUGUAUCCCCCGCGGCUGCCCUCCCUGGCCUUGUUCCAGGAGAGGCAGAGGGGCCAGCUGGCCAUCGUCCACUGCACGGUGGACAGUAACCCCCAGGCCACCCUGAGCCUCUUCCGGGACGGGCGCCUCCUGGCCACCACCAGCUCACACUCGGCGCCCAGCCAGCGGAUCCGCAUCGCAGCCACCCGCAACUCCCUGAAGCUGGAGAUCCAGAGGGUCACCCCGGAGGACGAGGGCCAGUACCGGUGCCUGGCCAGCAACCAGUACGGGAACACCAGCAGCUCCAGCUUCUUCCGGAGCCAGACUGCCAGGGUGGUGGCCAGCCCCUCCGACCAGCUGGUCGAAGGCCAGCGUGUCGCCCUGACCUGUCUCACCACUGUGGGGAGCAAAGAAGAAGACGACCCCAUCACGUAUGCUUGGUACAAGAACGCCAAGUGGCUAGAGCAAGGCCAGAAGGACACCCUGGUUCUCUCAGCGGUGGUCAGCGGAGACGCUGGCUCGUUCCACUGCGUGGCCGAAAACAAGAAAGGGAGCCACAUCUCACCGCCCAUCGCUCUGCGCGUGCUCUAUUCCCCAAGGUUGCCCGUGAUGACCUCAUUCCUGGAGACCCAGGGAGGACGUUUGGGCAUCAUCCAGUGCACAGUGGACAGCGACCCACCUUCGGCGAUAGCUCUGUACAAGGGCAACGCGCUUGUGGGCUCCACUGAUCUUCUCCAGUUGGUGACGGACCCAAGGAUCCAGGUGACCUCCUCGCAUAACACCCUGAAGGUGAUCAUCCAGGUCUUGAGGUGGGACGACGAAGGAGAAUACGUGUGCUCGGCUCAAAACCGCUACGGAGAUGCCAUGUCCACCAUGGAGUUCACUGCAGAAACCGCCAGCAUCACCAUCACCCCCUCUCCGGAGGUCCACGAAGACCACGCCGUCCGCCUCUCCUGCGUCCUCAGCGGCAACCUCUCAGCCUCGGCUAACUACUCCUGGUUCAAGGGGGGCCUCCGUCUCCCGGGGGUCUCUGGGGAUUCCCUGGUCCUCGAACACGUGGCCCUGGAGGACGCCGGAGCAUAUCAGUGCCGAGUGGACUAUCACGGAGUCAGCAAGACGUCCAGUUCGGCUUCCCUCUCUGUGCUGUACGCUCCGAGGAACCUCCACGUGUCGGUUUUCACGGAGACCGAGAGAGGAACCGUGGCCAUCUUCCAGUGUUCGGUGGACAGCCAUCCUCCCGCCACGUGGGUCCUGUACAAAGGAGACGCUGUCUUGGCCACCAGCGGCGAGAAGGAUGAGCCGGCCUCCCGUCGGGUCAGUGUCACGACCGGGCCCGGCACCCUGCGGGUGGAGAUGACCAGGGUGAUGCCGGAAGAUGAAGGGAGCUACAACGUGACGGCCACCAACGCCCACGGAUCCGCCUCCCGACGGCUCUACUUUCGGGUGCAAACGGCCCGGAUUCUGAUCACGCCCUCCCCAGAGGUGGUCGAAGGGGACCAGGUCAGCCUCACCUGUGACGUGAUGGGGAGCCUCCCGGAGGAUGCCAGCUUCUCCUGGUACCGGAACAGCAAACGCCUCCGAGAGGAGGCCAAGGGCACCCUGGCCCUCCUGCCCGUCACCCGCCUGCACGCCGGAGCCUACUACUGCAAAGCCCAGACCAGCGAGGAGAGCAGCGUCAGCAUCUCCCCGUCGGUCAGCCUGACCGUCUUUUACCCCCCUGGGAACCCCCAGAUCACGGCUUUCCUUGAGACGCAAGGCAACCGGGUGGCCGUCCUCCUCUGCACGGUGGAGAGCGACCCCCAGGCCCACCUCGCCAUACGCAAAGGCCAGCAGCUCUUGGCCUCCAGCACGGACUCCGCUCUCGCCCACCCGCCGCGCGUGAAGACCUCCGCCACCUACAACAGCCUGAGGGUGGAGAUCUGGGACGUGGUGAUGGAAGACGAAGGGGAAUACGUGUGUUUUGCAAGCAACCAACACGGCAACGGGAGCGCCAGGGUCACCUUCAGAGCAGAGGCUGCAAAGCUCUGGAUUUCCCCUCCAGACGCCCUGGAGGGCAACUCCGUCAACCUGACCUGUGCAGUGGACAGUGACGCCCAGGAGGAGAUGCGCUACACCUGGUUUAAGAACAACGAGUGGUAUGCAGACGGCUUGGUCAGGACGCUGGUGUUCCACCAGGCCACCGUAGAAGACGCGGGCAGCUACUACUGCACGGUCCAUACCCGGGAGAGGAUGCGGAACUCCUCCUUAAGCACCUUGAAUGUCCUCUAUCCACCCAGGAACGUGCUGGUUGAAUCCUUCUUGGAGACCCAGAAGGGCCAAGUGGCCAUCGUCCUGUGCACCGUCCAGAGCAACCCGCCGUCUGCGCUGUCCCUCCGUCGUGCUGGCCAAGUCUUGGCGUCCAGCUCCUCCAAAGUCCGUGGGGGGCCAGGCCUGAAGCUCAGGGCUGCUUCCUCCCCAAAUUCCUUGAGGCUGGAGAUCAAAGACGUCAACCUGGACGAUGAAGGGAGCUACGAGUGCUGGGCGGAAAACUCCCUCGGCGAAGCCCACGCGUCUUUCAACCUCUCCGUGGGGACUAUCAGGCUGGUGAUCGAUCCCACCCCAGAGGUGCAUGAAGGACAGCGUGUCUCUCUGAUCUGCCAAGAUGCCAGCUCCCAGCCCUCCGCCGUCUACACCUGGUACAAGGACGCCAGGUGGUUGGGAGAUGGUCCGGCCACCUCCUUCCUACUCCGAGCUGUUACUCCCCGGGACAUGGGAUCCUACGUGUGCCAGGUUCGAGACGAGCGGGGCGUCAGGACCUCUCCAGCCGUCACUCUCUAUGUGCACCACGAGCCGAAGAAGGUCACCCUCACCUCCUUCCUGGAAACCCCGUCUGGGAACCAGGCGGUCCUGCAGUGCGUGGUGGAGAGCUACCCACCCUCGGAGCUGACGCUCUACAGAGGAAAAGGGCUGGUGGCCUCCAGCAGGACCUCGGGGAACUUGCCCGGUCAACGGUAUGUCGUUCAGGCCUCUCACAACUUCCUGAAAGUGGAGAUCCAGAAGGUCCUUCAGGAGGACGAGGGACAAUACCGCUGCACAGCGAACAACACCUACGGGACCUCUGCAGCGUCGAUACACUUCGGUGUGCCAGGUGCAAGAAUCAUCGUUGACCCAUCCCCAGAUGUUUCCAAAGGUGCUACAGCCAACCUGACCUGUGAGAUAGCCAGCCAGGUAGUGGAGCCCAUGAAUUACACCUGGUACAAGAACAGCCAGUGGCUUUGGGAUAGCCCCAGUCAGUCCCUCCUGUUGAGCGGGGUGACCAAGGAUGACAAGGGUGACUACCACUGCCGGGCAACUGGAAGAACAGGCAGCCUGACCUCAGCCAUAGUCCGUCUGAAGGUGCACUAUGCGCCUGAACAGCCCUCCUUGACCGUUUACCUGGACACUCAGAAUGGGAACCUGGCUAUCGUCACCUGCAAAGUGGACAGCUACCCAUCUUCCAGCCUGGCCAUAUACAGAGGUCAACUGGCUGACCCCAAAAGCUGGUCACCAGCUGGUCAGCGUUUCCACACCUUCUACUCUGAUAACAGCCUGAGACUGGAUAUACAGGACCUCACCGCCAAAGAUUCAGGGCAUUUUGUGUGUCAAGCACGCAACACACUGGGCAAUGCAACCAGCAGCAUCGCCUUCAAUGCAAGAUGCCUCUCUGAACUGACCAUCUUCAAGAUCUGGGCUGGGAUCGCCACUGCCUUGGUCUGCGUAGCUGUCCUGGGGGGCCUGAUCCUCGGAGUGCGUAACAACGGCUCCCGGAUGUACCAAAAAUGGGUAACGUGGAUGAAAGAGAAGAGCAGCAUGGAGGAGGUGCAGCCGGCCGAAAACAGAGAAGACGUGAUCCAGCUGAAUGGAGAGAACCCCGAAACGCCUCCGGCUGGACGGUUCUGCUGCUCCUAUCGAAAGCUAACCUUGAAGGCCGACGCUGCCCCGAAAGAGGCUGCGUCAGAGUCCAGUUGCACAAGCAGCUUGUGAACCUACGGAGAGGACCUGCAGAUGGGUGCGCAAGCGGGCCAAACCUGGGCUGAUCAAGCUGGACAAAAGGGGGGGGGAGUUCUGUCUGUCUGAAGGCCUUUCGAAUCUUGACUCCAUCCUGGCCCCAAGGCUCUCUUUAUCUCCCUCUUGAGCGCGACAGUAUUUGCCAAACACAACGAUUUCCACCCGUGCGACAUGUUCAAAUCCAAAUUCAUUUUUGUUUUGCUUUUUUUAAAUGAGAACCAAGCCCCACGCUAGAAAACCAGAGACUGUGGAUUGUAGUCCUGUCUUAGCCAGGAACGCCAGCUGGGUGACUUUGGGCCAAUCACCAGAAGAUCCUGAGUUCUAGUUCUGCCUUAGGCCUGUAAGCCAGCUGGGUGAAUUUAG